AUGGCCCUCGCCAAUGCCAAUGACGCUGAUGAGUGCGCGACGGCGGCCAUCUACUCUGAUAUCCUUGCCAAGCCCACUGCAAAGGAUCUGCUGCUAGCCAAGCUGUACAAACCACCUCACAACGCCCAUCAGCGCUUCUGCCAUCAUCUCACCCUCGAAGACUGCGAGCAAGCCCAGAUCAAGGGCGAAGGCACCUCUCAUCCCGCGCACUGCAGCGAUAUCCACUUUGAGAUCCUUCGCUUCCCGCAGACAGACGUGGCCUUCGGCCACUGCUCCUACCUAUCGGGGUGCCAUCGACUCCAAAUGUGCAAGUACAUGCAUUUCCUCCCUACGGUACACCCAUCUGCUCCUCCUUAUGAAUGGAAAUCGUCCAAUGCCAACUGGUCUCAACCACCACCAAAGGGGGACGCCAUCGCCCUUUCUGAGCUGGCUGUACAGCAUCCAAGCCAGGCGCUGAGCGCUGCUGGCCUCCAAUCCUGGCUUGUCCCCUCCUCGCCCACGUCUUCGCACCGUCAUCCAGCUCAACUCCUCAAUGCGGACCUCAAGCUCUUUGACCUCACCGUCCUGGGCAAGUUCGACGUAAUUGUCCAGGACUCGGCAUUCGACAUCCACAUGUCCCUCCCCUACGGCACAAUGACCGAUGCCGAUAUACGCGCUAUGCCCAUCGAGCAGCUCCAGGACGAAGGUUUCAUCUUCUUCUGGGUGACGGGGAGAGCGAUGGAGCUGGGUAGAGAAUUGCUGGAGCAUUGGGGUUAUGCUAGGGUGGACGAACUCGUCUGGAUCAAGACGGGCCAGACGCAGCGUCUCAUCCGCACCGGCCGUACUGGACACUGGCUCAACCACACCAAAGAGCACUGCCUCAUCGGCGCCAAGUCCCGCUCCUCUUCUUCCCCCAUCCCAGCUUGGGCCCACCUAGGCCUCGACUCUGACGUCCUCGUCUCCGAGGUGCGCGACACAUCGCGCAAGCCUGACGAAGUGUACGGUCUGAUCGAGAGGAUGUGCCCUGGAGGGAGGAAGCUGGAGUUGUUCGGCAGGAGGCAUAAUGCAAGGAGUGGGUGGUUAACCGUGGGCAAUCAGUUGAAGGAGGAUGUGAUACACGAACCGGAGCUCCAAGAGCGACUCGAUGCCUAUCGUGCUCGUGGGGGCAUGGGCGCGCCUGGCAACACACGAGCAGCCGGCCGAAGAGGAUGA